CAACAUCCGCGCCAUCUAAACUUCCGCUAAUAUUAACCAAAAUGAUCGCCAUCUUUAUUAAAAGCGGCUAAGAUAACAAUAAUUUAAAUCUGCCGACAUCUCUUUUGAGUUUCGGCGACCUGAAAUAUUCACCAUGAGCCAAGGCCAAGGAGUACCCGGACCAAAUGGAGGCCCUGCUGCUCCCACUGGGGUCCCAUAUCUUGGAAGCAAAAUUAGUCUUAUAUCCAAAGCAGAGAUAAGAUACGAAGGGACAUUGUAUACCAUCGAUCCUAUAGAAGCAACAGUAGCAUUAGCGAAAGUUAGAUCUUUUGGCACUGAGGAUCGUCCUACAGACAGGCCGCUACCAGCCAGAAAUGAAAUAUUUGAGUUUAUUAUCUUUCGAGGCCAUGACAUUAAAGAUCUGCAUGUUUGUGAACCCCCCAAACCCCAACCUACUGAAGGUGUCCCACUUGAUCCUGCUAUUGUCAAGUCCUCUCAGCCCCCUCCUGGUCCAGCCGGAGCUGCUUUCUCCAGUACAACCACCACUUUUCCUCCUGGUCAAAUGUAUCAACCAUUUGGUCAGCCUAUGUAUUUUGGACAAAAUCAACAAGCCCCUGGAUUUACUAUGCCACCUUCACAGACUCACCAUCACCAAGCUGGCUCUACAAGGGAGUCUUCACCGGGAGUUGAUUCAACUACAGUACAGACAAAUAGAACAGCCCCAAUUGGCACAAGACCUGUUGCUGGCUCUCAGAGUUCUACUCCACCUUUAAGUCGAAAGUCACCAACUGCUGAUCAGGGUGUACAAGCACAACCUGGGAGUCCAGAGAAAAGUUCUAAUGAGGGUCAGCACAUUAACAGAAGUCAACAUCAACAGUAUCGUGGUCAACCUGUGAGACGUGGUAGUGGCGGGGGACAAAGGAUGGAUAAUAAUCGUGACAGAGGAGAAAGGGGCCCAUCAGGCUCGUACACAAGGGGUAGAAGCAAUAACAGAGAUCUUUCUGGUCAGGCAAGGGGUCCUUCUCGAGGUGGUCCAAGGGGAGCAACUAGAGGUCAUCCGAGAGGUGGCAGAUCCAAUGAGCCCUUAAAGUUUGAUACAGAGUUUGAUUUUGAGACUAGCAAUGCACAGUUUUUAAAAGAUGAUAUAGAAAAAGAGUUGAAAAAUCUAUCUUUAAGUGACAAGUCAGUGAAUGGAGACAAGGGAGAGGAAGAACCAGAAGUAGAGGAAGAUGAAGGAGAAGAGGAGGAAGAGGAACCAGUAUUUUAUGACCAGAAGAAAUCCUUCUUUGACAAUAUCAGUUGUGAAUCUACUGAGAGGAACAAAGGGCAAAGACAUUCUUGGAGAGAAGAGCGUAAGCUAAAUAGUGAAACUUUUGGUAUUUCUGAAAACUUUCGUCGUAACUAUAGAGGACGUCACAACUGGAGAGGCGGCAAUGUUCGAGGGGCUUGGCGUGGUGGACGUGGCAGAGGUGGUGGUGGUGGAUUCAACAGGGAUGGUGGUUCUUACAGCAGAGAAGGCGGAUCAUAUUCUAGAGAAGGUGGCUCAUACAAUCGUGAUGGUGGUUCUUUUAAUAGAGAAGGCAGUGGUUAUAGAAAUAGAGAUGGAGGUUAUUAUGUUGGCAACACAAGGGGAAGUGCUGGUAGUCAGGGAAGAAGAAAUUGGGAUUAUGAUGAUAGACGGCGUAAUGAUGGACCUCAAAGAGUAGAAGUCAAAUCAUAGUUUAAGCCAUGGUCUCCUUGUGGGAUGGAGAAAGGAUGUUGCUAAAUUGUGAGAGACAGUGUACUUGGUUAUUGAAUUCUAUGGAUAUUAAUGCUGUCAGCUGACUAUAUUCUUGCUUGAUAAGUUUCCACUGACAACUUGAAAGACUUAGGCAGCAAAUGAAUGUAUUGAAACAGUCACACUGGUUGUCUAGUGGAGAGAAAGCUAAGUCUGAUGUGCAACAAUGGAUGGAGAAAGUGUUUUUUAAAAUGUGCUGUUUAUUUAUAUAUUUUUUUUUUUAACCAACUGUACAUUGCCAUGUUGAGAAUGAUCCAACCAGUUGUCUGAAGCAGCCUUAGUUCUAGUAAGUGCAACUGGUUGAUCUCUAUUAUACAUUUACACAAGUGUAAGAUGGUGUUCAUUUAUUUUGCUUCCUGUUGGACUUUUUUUUUUUUUUUAAAUACUAGAGAACAUUUAGUUUUGUUUCCUUUUUUUUUUUUUUUUUUUAUUUUUUUUUUUUUUUAGUUGUACAUCUCUAGUGCAAAUACUUUAAUAAUUGUAAUAUGUAAAAAAAAAAAUAAGGUGUGCAUUCAGUUUUAUCAAUUGUGCACUGCACAAAAAGAUGUGUAAUACUAUGAGGCCACCUGUGUUUGAUUAGGUAGCAGCCCUGUGCCUGAAGCAGUUUCUAGUAAGAGCACUGUGGUUGUGGUAUGCUGAAAGAUAAGUCAGAAGUAUUGAAGCUUUGCUUGGUUCAUUUUUAUAUUUUUUUUUAUUUCAUGUCUGAUAAAUGCAGUAGUGAACUUGUUCAACACAACUGCUGUAAUUGGAUCUGUUUUUACAUGUAAAAUAAGGCAAAACAAAGAGUUGUUAACUGCUAUAGGAAUAGUCUUUAUGCUGAUACUUUUGUUUGAGAAUGGAUUGUUCCCCUUGUAUACCAAGAACUUGUAGGGUGGUUGUGUUAAACUGCAUUCAAUGUGAUAUUUUAUUAGCUUACACUUUUUUUUUUAAAUUGUCCCUUUAAUUGGUUUAAAUUUAGAACAGCUUAGGUUCAAAUGCAAAGAUUUAUGGGACUCAAUACUUUGAAAUAUAAGCCCUGGCAAAAUAGUGUCUAUGCAAUAAUGUAUGUGUGACUCAGGUUGCAUUGUUCUUUAUUUCUUUCUGCAAAGUUCACAAUUAUAGAUUUUAACUAAAUAAAUCGUGUACAGAAUAUUGCCUAAGCAAAAAAUAAAUGUAUUUACUUUUUAUAAAUCCUCUUCCAUUUAAGAAUAGUUAGCAGGGUAAUCCUCAAUCCUUUUAUUUCAGAUAUCAGUACCUUUAUAGAUAAAGAGGUUAUAUGUUCUGUGCUAGGAAGAAUUUAUCAUUAUUUUUUCAACUAUUACUAAAACUAAACUUUGUUGCUAUUUAAACUUCUAUUGAUUAAAGAUAAAAGUCCAGUUCUUCUCCUGGAAAGAGAUUGCUUUUAGUGCAAUACUAAGACCAUGCCAUAGUUAGCCCUAAGUACAGGGUGGACCUAGAUUUUUUGUUGUUUACUUACUUUCAAAGUUGGAGACGCAUAUUACUUCUGGCUCUAAUUGUAAUGAUACUUAAUUUUGUUUAUGUUUAACUCGUAAAUAUGCAGUCCUCUUGUUGAAUUCUGCGAUUGCAUUAUUUUGUGAUAGUAUUUUUUAUGUUGUGUUAAAGCCAUGCAUGAGUCUUAGUUAAUUGGUCUUAAACCUGUAGACUAUUGCCAGGGGAAUUAUUGUGUUUUGUUUGAUUAGGCAAUAAAUAUUGCUGUGAUCUAAUGACAGCCUUGAAAUUAGUGAACAAAGCCAUUCUGAGAAACAUAUCUGCUAUUGUGUCUGCAGGCAUUGAUCAAACAUUGUCCAAUAAACUUUAUAUUGUUGAUUUUC